CUCCAUCGUUAUUUCGCUGGUAUGCAAUGAAAUGGCAUCCUUCUUCUCCAGACGACUGAGCUGCUUUUAUUGCGGGCAACGCUCUGCUCAGGAAAAGCCAGGCCCCGUCCGCAAAUGGCGUUGUAAACAUUGCGAAGCCAUCAACUAUCUUGACGAGGAUGGAAACAUCACCGAUCCUCCCGCUACAGAGACAAAUCCAGCCGCAAACGACCCGGGAACUCCCAGCCGUCCCUUCGACACGGUUGACCUCAAGGACACUGGAUUGUUCUGUUCGACCUGCCUUCGCAACCAAAAUCUGUUCAUGAGCGCUCUGGCAUCAUGGGUUCCUUCCUCCGAUGACCAAGCAAAUGCUCUUUACGAACGGGAAUAUCCCAAAUUUCGCCGACACCUUGAGGAGCAAUAUCCGCAGGUUUGCGCCAAGUGCGAGCCACGAGUUCAGCAGCGCAUUGCCCAAACGGGGUACGAGGCAAAAGCAGACAAUCUCAGACGCAUGAUGGAGCGGAGUAAAGAGAGCAGAGUAGCCAGACAGGCCAGGAAUCGAAACUGGAGGAGUCUGCUGGUCUCCGCGGGAGCCAUCGGUCACUGGGGCAGCAUCUCUGGCCAGCUUGCUUGGGAUCUGAUCAGUGCCAUGGAAACCGCACAACCGAUACAGAAUGGCAGUGAUCACGGAUUGCUCCCAUAUACCCUGUCGUAUGUGAGACAACUUCUUCCAAACCAUGCUUCGGUCGAUUUAGCGUCGUAUGCAGGCCUGUCUCUUGUCGCUGGCAUCCUCUCAAUCUGGUGGAAUCCAAAGCUGCGACUGAGGGUAGAAGGGAUUGGUGGCAGAUUUGUUGGUUUGACAGAGUAUUAUGAAGUACAGUUGAUCGUGAUUGUGGUCAGAUGCGUAUUCUGGGCAGUGCUUAAGGACCCUUCGUCGAGUGGUCUGCCAUCGACAAUGCUUCCGGGCCUGCAUAUGUUUAUGGUUAUGUUCACGAUCUUGUCUGCUUUGCUGUCUUCUCGCGUUAUUCAACAUGAUACUCGCCCACUUGUAGAUUGGUCGAAGCUUGCUUCAGAAACGACUACUACUACAGCUCAGACGAUGAAAGCAUCCGCUACACAACAGAGUGCUAGUGACUCGCCCUACAUGCGUUCCAUUGAGAGUACUCCUCGCUAUACCGGACGGUUCCCAAUUGAGAAAUUGGCGACUCCUCGGCCUGAGCCUGAGCCUGAACCGACUCUUCCUUCCACCCCUCGUUCGCCAGAAGUGGACUCUAUGGAUUGGACACCUUCCCAGCAACAUGAUUUCCGGCCAACAGUUAGUGUAUACCAGCGGAACCAGAAGUCUGUUCUGGAUGGCCCUCUCCCUUUCUACGGAUCACUACCGUCUGCACCGAAGCCUCCGUCGUGGGCUAUUCUUGACCAGGGGGCACAGAAGCCCAUCAAACAGGUCGUCGAACGCAAUCCAUUUCAUCAUCGCCCAGCUCAGCCAACGUCGUGGCAGCGAAAACCAGAGCAACCUGAAACCGUGUUUGCACCACCAAAAUUCUUCCCCCGGAGUGAUUACACGGAAUCAACUGGCUUAGAAGCUCUGUUCGACAGGGCAUUUACUAUCAAGUCCCCCGAAGAAGACGGUGAGGAGAACUGGCAGUUCAUUUCACAUCCGAGUUCUUAUCGCUCCACUGUGACGAGGAAUUCUUUCCUGUUCCAGUCUCUUCGAGUUGGGCUACUUCUGUCUUCUAUUCUUGCUUGGGUGCUUUCACAAAUGGAUGCCAUUUCAAUCCCAGGAAAUUACAUAGAGGUGGCCUCACUAGGCAGUGCCAGUCUUAUUUCAGGAUUUUCUCUUCUCGAGUGUCUGAAGUGGCCCGUACCGCAAUGGAAUAGCUUCGUGAUUCUGGUCUAUAUCGCCGAACUCGUGGCAGCUGUCCAUUUAGGAGCGAAUCUACCACGGGUGUCUUUCGAUAGGGCGUAUUUCGACCGAUAUGGAAAAUUUCUUUUGACUUUUAUGGCCAUUCAGGAGACAAUGAGCUUACUUGCUUGUUAUCGCGCCACGUCAACGACCUCUCCCGCGCUCGAGAUGCAAGGGACGCAACCAACGCACCCCGAGCCUACGUCCACUGAAAGUCCGCUCAUAAGUUCUGCCACGGAGAUGCCCUCCAGUCAGCCCAGAAGUCAAGUAUUCAGUUCUCAGUCGCCGCCAGAUUCGCCUGCUUCCUCUUCCUCCCAUAUUACUACUGGCUUUAGUAAUCGAAAGCGCGUCAACCAACCCAGCUCGCUGUUUAAUUCUCAAUCGUCAGUAGCACCUUCAUCCUUUUCCUCCUCUAUUGUUGGCUCUGGCUUCCCGCUGCAGCUGUCAGACAAGCCCUUAGGUCAAGGCAGUCAAGCAUUCUGCUCUCAGUCCUCAGUUCCUCCUCUCUCAUUUUCAUCGACCAUUCCUAGCUCCAGUUUCUCAUCUCAGCCCUCCGAGAUACCAAACCAGUUUGGGCCUUCCUCUUAUAAUACCUGUGCUGGUGCGCAAGGAAGCUUCACACUGAAUGAUCUCAAGGGCUAUGACUCGGACGACUCGGGCCUUUUUGGUCACGAUUCUGACACGGAGACGACUGCCACGACCGCGACAGCUACUACAAACAACACUAUCCGAAACAUCCGGUACGGGCGAAACAUCGAUAACGACGCGUUUUUCUCUCCGGCACGGUCUGGGUUGGGACCGGGAAUUACAAGCCUUAGUCUUGAAGACCAACCUUUCCGUCGCGUUACUCGAAGUCAGACUAAACGGCAAAGGGAUAUGUUUAAUAGAUAUCCUUUGCGCGGAAUUAAUUGAAUUAAUACAUCGCCGACUCAGCCAUCCCAAUCCUUUUCAUUCCCUCUUUUCAUGUUCCUACUUCGACUAUGAUGUCUUCAUUCUCUCCUCUUUUCUUCGCCCUCUUCUCUCUAUUUGUUUUACUCGCUCCUUUGAAUCAUUGCACGGGCUGAUAUAUCCCAUUUAUUUCUUGUUACCACCCUUUUGUGUACUCUUCUAUGCUUUCUUCUUUCUUUUAGCGUCGGUGGAAUAUCCCAAUUGUCCUUACGAGCAUGAAUGAACCAUGACAUGUAUAUAGGUAGCUGAUUAGAUUUCCUUGUUUAUUUGCAUCAUAUGGCUGGGUCAGAUCGGAUAGGAUUUGUUGGGUCGGCUUGGGAGGUGUCAUUAAUCUAGGUAGAUUGCUUGAUUGAUUGCAUUAUUUAACAUCUGAAAACCUGACUCUAGGUAGGUUUAUAGGUGGUGCCAGCCCAUGGUAGCUAACUAGGUAAUGGAAGUGUAUUGUUGGUUGGUUACUAGCUAGAUAGGCCUACGUGGUGAAAAGGGUCAGCGAGGGCGGACCUAUGCGGCAGAAUCCCACGUGAUCCAACACCCCCCCACGCACGAGCUGGCCUAAAGACUAAUCUAAAGAAUUUAAAUACAAAAAUCGGCCUCUAUUCAGGCCUCCAAAUGAGAGAGUAAAAGCAAAAUUAAGCAGAGAAGUGAGAGGUUCCGCUUUGGCCAAUCAGAAGCCGUAAAUCAGAAUAGAAAGUAUAACCAAAAUGGGGGAACAAGCGCCGCUUAAUGUAUGCCGGUGAGUUCCAGGAAAUGAUUGAAUCGUUCAGUUUGGAGAGGUUUUGUCAGGCCAUCUGCUGCCUGUUCUUUGGUAGGGCAGGUCUGAAGUUUAACAAUGCCGUCUCGGACCUUCUCCCGAACGUAAUGGUAGCGUAUGUCAAUGUGUUUGGAUCUCUUGGUGGUGAGCUCGGCUUCAGCCAUGGCGUGGGCACCUUGAUUAUCGAUAUGAAGAGAUAUUGGUGGGCAUUCAGUUGGGAGCACAUUAAGCUCGUUGAUGAGAUUCCGGAGCCAGAGGGCAUCACGGCUGGCUUCGCUUAGAGCCAUAUACUCAGCUUCGUUGGAGCUAAGGGCAACGGAUGUUUGCUUGCGGCUUUUCCAGGCAAUUGGGGCUCCGGCAAGCAGAAAGAUGUAUCCAGAAACUGACCGGCGGUUGCCUGUCAGUUGGCCACCCCAAUCAGAGUCGGUAUAACAUUUUGGCAUGAGGAGGUCAGAUGUAAUGGACUCCGUGGGUUUAUGAUAGGUAAUUUGCCGAUUGAUGGAGCCUUUAAGAUAGCGUAUGGCGUGUAUAAGGGCACGCCAUGCUUUUUGGGUGGGUUUGGCGUUAUAUUGGGAUAGUAUGCCAACCGUCUGGCUAAGAUCUGGCCGGGUUUUGGUGGCUAGCCAGGUAAGGCAGCCUACACCACGUUGAUAUUCUUUGGUGUUGACUGUAGGGUCUGGUUCAUCAUCAAUUAUUAGGCUAGGAUCCAUUGGAAUCCUAACAGGAUGUGCUUGGGCUUGACCAAAAGAGGCAACAACAUCUUCAGUGUAGUCGGCUUGAGAUAAAGAAGAUGAAGUCUCAGACUGGGAGAUGGUCAUGCCAAGGUAUUUGGUAGAGUUUCCAACUUCUUUUAUGUCAAAUUUGGCGGAGAGAGUCUCCAUAAACCAGAUGGCAUCAUUUUCAUGUUUAGCAUAGACUUUGAAGUCAUCCACAUGGGUGGUCACAUAGAGUUGGGUCCGGGUAGUGUGGAUCCAUAGACCAGAGUCAUAUUCAGAGCAUUUGAAGCUGAUUUGGCGUAGAAAAGCACCCAGAGUAUCAUACCAGAUGCGGGCAGAUGGGACCAAUCCAUAGAGGGAUUGAAGGAGUUCACAGACAAGAUCUCCAGAACCUUCUUUGAAUCCCUGAACUUGGGUCAUAAAGACACGUUUGUCCGUGGGCAUUUUCCCAUUUAGGAAAGCAAGGGUGGCAUCAGCUUUUCGGGUAUGCCAGCCAAGCAGGGUGGCCAGUGCCGUGAGGGUUCUGGUAGUAUUUUCAUUUACCACUGGUGCGUAGGAUUCCAUGAAGUCUUUAUCAAGUAGAUUGCCACGAAUGACCCAGCGGGCUUUAGCCUGAUAAUCCUCUGAGAUAGGUAUGCCGGGGAUUUCUUUCUUUUUGUAUACCCACCGGCCAGGGAUGACUUUGGCCCCUGGUGGUAGGUCAGAACGGCGAAUGAGUUGCCAGCAGCCUUUCUCUUUGAGUUGGUUGACUUCCUUUUGCAUGGCAGCUUGCCAUUUAGCAGCAUCAGGAUGGGAUAUGGCCUGCUUAUAAGAAGUAGGCGUGUUGUCUUCUGAUGAAGGAAUGGUUGAAGUGGCAAAGUAAGCUAGGGACAUGCCUUUGGCAGGUCGGAGCCAUAUAUCUUGGUCAUUGAGAGGUUCAUCUUCAACUAAUUGAGUUGGGUUUUCUUCGGUAGGGGUGCUGGGACCUUUGGGAGUGGUAGUUGUAGGAUCUUUGUAAUCCU